AUGCCACCACAUCUCCACCCACGAAGUCGACUCACGUCCUCCUUAUUCGCAACCACACUCUUUGCAAGCUUUUUCGUCGUCGCUCUGCCGCAUGCUCUGCCUUGUCCAGCUCCUAGGGUCGCGUAUGCAGAUGAUGGGACGCCACAGAAUGGGAAGAGGCGGAGGAGACGGAAAUGCUCGGAAAAGGAGGAGAGUGGUGACGAGGUCGAAGCUGGUGGGGAGGAGCAUAGAGUGAGGAAGAGUAAGAGAGAAUGUCCGGUGCCGAAGCCGGGCGGGAUUGUGGGUAAGAUUCUGGGGUUCAAGAGCUCG